CGUGGGCAAAUCUUUGUGGAUAUAGCUAACAUACAACCACAGCUAGCUAUUUUAUAACAAAAACUAUAGCUACCAGCCAGAAAAGUGAAGAUGGCGACAAUUGUACCGGAAGUUGUGCAGUGCACCAUACUGAAUUUGAAUUUUCUAAGUUGUGCUAACAGUUGAAGAGCUGGCUACAAGGUAGCACACGAUUUGGCUAUGCUUUGUUAAAUUGCUAUAUUUUUCAUUACACACUUUAGUAUUUGUCGGGUACGAAGGCCAAUUUGCAAGAAUGUAGCUUGCUAGAGAAUGUUGCAGUAAUGCCGAUAUAUUGAGAUUUUGUCUUUUGAAUAUGACCUCGUUACCGUCACCCCAGCAGUACACCGCUUCAAGCUCAGCAUGCAACAUAUUACCUGGUGAUGGGAGUCAGGUGCAGCCUAAAGCCCCUCUCCUGCAGAUUCUGCGUGUGGCUGGAGCCCAGGAGGACAUCUUUACCCUCAAGGAGGUGAUGCACUACCUGGGCCAGUACAUCAUGGGGAAGCAGUUGUAUGAUAAACAGAGGCAGCACAUAGUGCACUGUCAGGACGACCCACUGGGAGAGCUGCUGGAAGUCGAGAGCUUCUCCGUCAAAAACCCCAGUCCAGUCUACGAGAUGCUGAAGAAGUAUUUAGUUGUGCUGAAUUGUUCAGACGCUGCAGAGAGUCUUUCUGUGGGCCGUGAGUGUGUAGAGGGCGGAGUGGAGGACCGCGGUCAGGUGUGUGGGGGCGUGGCCAAGGCGGGCCUGGUUGUGGCCAGUGACGAGGCCCUCCCCAUGCAGACCCCGUCUCAGAGAAGACCCCGGGAGCCUGACGAAGACUCUUUAGAUGGCUUGCCCCAGUCGGCCUGCAAACGGCCCAAGCUCGAUGUCACACUAGACGAGUGGGACCUCUCAGGGCUGCCCUGGUGGUUUCUGGGUAAUCUGCGUAACAACUACAGUCGCAGAAGCAACGGCUCUACGGACAUCCACACUAAUCAACUGUCUCCUGCGCAGGAUGAGGACACAGCGAUCGUGUCGGACACGACGGACGACCUGUGGUUCCUGACGGAGGGGGGAAGUGAACAGGUGAGCGUGGAAAUGAAGGAGGCCGUGCUGGAAGAAGGGAGUGGAGGAGAAGGAGAGCCACCACCUGAAGAGGAGGGAGGAGGAAAAGAGGAGAAGGCUGAUAAGGAGAUGCAGGAGGAGCCAGAUGAGGACUCUCAGUGUCUGAGUGAUGAUACGGAUAUAGAGAUCUCUACACAGGAUGCAUGGCAGUGUACAGAGUGCAGGAAGUACAACUCUCCUCUCCAGCGCUACUGCGUACGCUGCUGGGCUCUACGCAAGAACUGGUACAAAGACGUCCCACGGUUGGUCCACUCACUUUCCGUCCCCGACAUCCCAGCAUGCAGUACUCUGGCCCCGCGAGACGACGAUGAGGAGGAAAGCGACACAGGCAUCGAUGUCCCAGACUGCCUCAGGACCGUGUCUGACCCCGUCAUCCUGCCCUCACACUCCACCCCUGACCGCCUGCUGCCUCCCGGGGUUCCAGGGAAGGGCAAGGGUCCUAGGCCGCGAGGCCUUCCCAGGGAGGAGCAGCUCUCUGGAGGAGAGAGUCAGGAAAGCCUGGGGAUGGAAGUAGAGGUUAGGCCCGAGGCGCUGUUGGAGCCCUGUAAGCUGUGUCGGAUGCGUCCGCGUAACGGGAGUAUUAUACACGGCCGCACGGCUCACCUGCUAACCUGCUUCUCCUGCGCCAGGAAGCUGCACAAGUUCCACGCUCCAUGUCCCGGUUGUGGACAGAUCAUACAGAAGGUUAUAAAGACAUUCAUAGCCUGAGAGGAUUGGAACACACAGAUGUGUAAUGUACAAGGUUAUUUAAAAUUGGAAGAAGACACAAUCCCUUGCAUCAAAAGCCACUCAUACGCCCCAGAAAGACACAGAGUAUAGCACUUAAAAGAGCAUGUUCCCUUUUGCUCUCUGUUGCCUUGUAUUGCUUGUAUCACACUGCCUCUGAUCAAUGGCGCUAGUAAUGAAAGGUACAAAUCCAGCAAUGUGUUUCUUGAAGUAUCCAACUAUAUAGUUAUCUCUGUGCCACAUUUCAUGAAAGUCAUUUGCUACUCAAUGUAACAUCAUAGGUAUUUAUUUAUUUGAGGGCCAAGCAGCAUUGUACAUAUGAAAACGCAGCUGUCAUUGCAGCUAACCUUGACGACAACGAUAUGUGAGACUUAAGUUUUUGUUCCCGACGGAAGACCUGUUGACAUUUGUUUCCUAUUGGCCACUGUUGUAAGUGUCCAGAAAAAGCUUUCUGCCGGUUGUCAGGCUGCUGACGUGUUUGCUGCCAUACGCUAUAUUUUAUCCCUUAAAGACCGGUCUUCUCUCCCUCGGUUAAGAUGAUGGUAAGCUAGCUACACACUGGCUGACUACUUCUCCUCCAGUGAGAACAGGUAUGAAUUCUCAUUGCCAUGUAUAUUCAUGGAGCCGCAGUGCUUUGGUGGUCCUCCUCUCCUGUUUAGUCCUUUUGUUUUUCUUUAAUUUCUCUGCAGCGUUUUUUUUGUGUGCUCUUGAAAACGAAGACAAGGGGGAUCAAAAGGAGAUUUUCGAUACAUACUCUACGUUUUUGCUGAUUUAUUGACCACAUUUUGGUUGCAAGGCCUAUUUUCAAGAUAAGUCAAUAAGAAACAUCUCCUUUGGAUACCCUUGUCAUCGUUUUUCAAUAGUAUACAUACCCCCAGGGAGAAGUCUUUACCCUGUAGCGCUGAUCAGAAUGCUUUGUUGUCUUACUGUCCUUGUACUCACAAUGCAAGUGAAUGUACUCCACAGAACUUUUGCCUCUCUUUUCAAAGUCUAGUUAGUAAAAAGUAGUUAAUAUUAACGAUAAUAACCAGUCUGAAAUAUAGUUGAAGAGUCACAUCUAUAGCCCUCUAUGUAGAGUUGUUGUAAAUUAGCCCAUCUCAAUAAGGAAAUACUUUUGUAUAUA